AUGUCUGCACCUGCACCACAGAACAACCAUCAAGAACAAAAGGAUGAGCAAGCUCAAAAAGAUAUGCCACAAUUAGGCGCUUUGGAAGAAGACGAUGAGUUUGAAGAAUUUGCUGCUGAAGAUUGGGGAGAAGCAGAGGAGGACAAGAACGAUGCGCAUUACUGGGAGGACAACUGGGAUGACGACGACGUCGAAGACGACUUUUCAAAACAAUUACGAGCUGAACUCGAGAAAGUGUCCAAGCAACCUCAACCCAUGUCAAUGUAA